AUGCCUUUUAAAAUUAAGGGGCUGUUUGUUUCAGCCUCUUAAUGGUUCAGAUGUCUGAAUGAUUCAGCACUUAAUGGUUCAGACUGUUUGUUUCAGCCUCUUAAUGGUUCAGAUGUCUGAAUGGUUAAGAGAUUUGCCUCUGAAUGGUUAAGUAUUAUACAGAGUCUGAAUGGUUAAGAGCUGUUAUCUGAAUUGAUCAGACAUUUGCCUCUGAAUAGUUAAGCAAUAUACUAGCUCUUAAUGGUUCAGACCUCUUACUGGUUCAGCACUUACCCAUUCAGAACCAAUUAUGAUUACCACGACGCCCUGGAAAAAGCAAUCUUGUUCUUUGAGGGCCAGAGAUCGGGGCCUUUGCCACCCAACCAACGUCUCGACUGGAGGGGGAAUUCGGGGACGAAAGAUGGCUCGAGUGAUGGGGUGGACCUGGUGGGAGGGUACUAUGAUGCUGGUGACAACAUAAAGUUUGGCCUGCCAAUGGCCUUUACGAUCACACUCUUAUCAUGGAGUGUUCUCGAGUAUCGAAAUUCAAUGGGAGAUCAACGACAGUACGCGGAAGAAGCUAUCCGUUGGGGCACCGAUUAUCUGUUGAAAGCAGCGGCACACAUAGACAUCCAAAUUCUCUAUGUCCAAGACGGAGGGGUAGAUUAUAUGGAAAUGUUGAACCGGAUGCAGGUAGGUAACCCUUACGAAGAGCACCCACGUUGGGAAAGGCCCGAGGACAUGGACAUCUCAAACCGACGCGUGUACAAGGUUACGGCUCAGGACCGAGGAUCCGAAGUUGCAGCCGAGACAGCCGCAGCACUGGCGGCUGCUUCCAUUGUGUUCCGUAAAUCUGAUCCUUCCUAUUCCAAUAAAUUACUUGUCACCGCAAAGAAAGAUGAACUUUUGUGGGCAGCAUCAUGGCUAUAUUUAGCUUCUAAACAAAAAUUGUAUUCGAAUUAUAUUCAAUCAAAUACUCCAACGUCAUUGGGUGAUUGCGGUGGAGAAAGUUCCUUCAGCUGGGAUGACAAGAAACCAGGAACCAGAAUUCUCUUGUCCCGAGCCUUCCUGACGGCCGGAGAACAAGAAUUUGAGCCAUUCAAAAUAGACGGAGACAACUAUGUUUGCGCUAUAUAUCAUGGCAGGCACACACCAGGGGGACUCUAUUACGAACAAGGCUCAAGCAACCUCCAAUACGUUACGACAUCAACAUUCCUCGUACUAAAUUAUGCAAAGUACCUCAAAAAAGGGGGCCAAUCUGCGUCUUGCGGCACGGCUGGUGUACUCACCGCUGAUCAACUCAUAGAGUAUGCCAGGAAACAGGUGGACUACAUCCUCGGGGAAAACCCGGCUAGAAUGUCGUACAUGGUUGGGUACGGGGUUAACUAUCCGAAGCACGUGCACCACAGGGGCUCAUCACUCCCCUCAGUGAAGGAUCACCCGGGCUUCAUCGGUUCUGAUUUCGACGCCUUGAACACCCCAAAUCCCAACCCUAACCCCCUUGUGGGAGCUGUCGUUGGUGGUCCUGAUGACGGUGAUAAUUUCGCAGAUGACCGGAACAACUUUGCCCAGUCGGAGCCCGCGACCUACAUCAAUGCUCCUUUAGUUGGCCUUCUCGCUUACUUUUCAAAUCAACACCGAUGAUGAUGAUACAUUACGAUCCAUCUUAAUUUACUUCGAUCCGUAUUUAUUACUACUGUCCACGACAUACUACGGAUCGGAGUAUAUAAUCUAGCUAGCUACCACUACUACUACGUAUGUUUCUCCUUUUCUUUAAUUUCUCUACCUUUACAUACAUCAUGCAUGCAUUUUGAUCCAUGCCCAUGACACACUAUGUGUAGCUAAAACUGUAUCUGUGUCUUCUGGUGUGUGCGCGUCACAGAGGAUCGACUUAUCGUUCCCU